AUACAAUUGCGGCAACUCACAAAUGUCACGUUUUCCGCUUCUCGGAUGCAUCGCCUUCUCGAUUUCGCUCUUCUCUCAUCAAUCUGACCGCUUCUUUAUUUUCUCACAAAUUUUUAAACGCCCACCUUCAUUUUCUGCUCUUCCUCAUCCCAACCUCUGCACAGAUUUCUUGAUCCCAUUUCCUAGUUUCAUCCAAUGUCUGUAAAUAUGGCUUCUUUAGCCGUCCCUUCCGCUAAGACCUCCGCCCUUUUCGGUGCUGCUUCCUACCAGUCCCGCCCUCAGCUUCCGCAGCAUAUAAGCUCCGUUUGUUUUCUGCCGGGUUCCAGAUCGCUCCCUCGCCAUCAGGGUGUCUUGAAGGUUUCUGCGCAGCUCAAUGAGGAUGGUGCGGUUGAGAAAUCUGGCAAUUCAAAGGUUAUUGUUGAGGAAGAAGUUCCCCAGGCUGAAAAGAAAGUAUCGGAUGCUUCCUCCAUUUCAGUUCUCCUGUCUCAAGCAGUGAACUUUGUUAAGCUUGUAGAUUCGAAGGACAUCAUGGAAGUGAAAUUAAAGCAAAUGGAUUGUGAAAUCCUUAUAAGGAAGAAAGAAGCAGAAACAUUACCAGAGACGAACAUCAGGGCUGCUCCUGUUUCAACGGGGCAGUCCUCUUUUCCUCAGCCAAUUGCCCAGCCUCUGAUGACACCUGCUGCCCCUUCCCCUGCCCCUACCCCUGCCCCUUCCCCUGCCCCUUCACCUGCUGCAGCUCCUGUACUUCCACCACCUGCAGCGGCAAAACCAAAGUUAUCUGGUUCACAACAGAAAUCUCCCAUGGCUGGAACGUUUUACCGCGCUCCUUCCCCUGGUGCACCACCUUAUGUUAAGGUAGGAGACACAGUUAAGAAAGGGCAAAUACUUUGCAUUGUAGAGGCAAUGAAGCUGAUGAAUGAAAUUGAGGCUGAGAUAUCCGGAACAGUUGUUGAAAUACACAUUGAAGAUGGAAAGCCUGUCAGUGUUGAAACGCCUUUAUUUACCAUUGCACCCUGAAGAACAGAAAGAAAGCGGCAUAGAUGGAAGGGAAUUUCAUUAUGAGCUCAAGUAGUUCAGCGCAAUCGCCCCUAUUUGAUUCUUUAUUAUUUUCAAUGCGGUUGUGCUUGAUGUAUUUUAGAAUAAUGCCGACUAUUUUUUUUAUAAUCAAAUAACUUUAUUAAUGAUAAUCACUCUGCAGCUGAUUAACAAUACAAUCAGGAGGCAUACACAGGUAACAUAUCUCCCCUUUCCCUUAAGCGCAUGCCCCCUCCACCAAUAUGCAUUCGUAAUGUGUUCAAUGUCUUGCUUAAGUCAGUUGGUAAGAGAAAAACGUUGGGCAUACUGUGGCAUUGUUUGAAUAACAGUUGAGCAGGACUUGCCAUGCUAUAGACUAGACAGAAUAUUGCUAUUCCAGUUCUGAAUACACUGUAUAACCCUCUCCUUAAUGUACUCGAAUUUUUCCUUCUCUUUAGUUUUUACGCCCAAUUAAAGAUGGC